UUUGUUCAACGGGUUAGAGUUCUCGAAAGAAUUGAGCAUUUAGCUGUUUUGUCCUUUUAUUUAUGACAUAACUAAGGUUUUAUUUCAGGCUUUAGCCGUCGGACUAGGUUACAAUGGUUGCUGCGGCUCGAAAGGAACGGAAUUUGGACUCUGAGAGAAGUCAUGUUAGCCUAAUUAGCAUUCAGACUCGCUUUUGUGAAAGUGCCCGGUAGCAUUUUUGAGGAAAAUGAAGAGAAAAGUGUCCAAAUUAAGAUUGAGUCCCAACGAAGAGGCUCGUAUAAUACGUGAGGAGCUUGACAGGCGGAGGAAACUACGGAUCCAGCAGGUGAGGGAGCAGCAGCGGCAGAUUGCGCUGCACAUCCGGCGGGAGGUGGAGCAGCGGAGGCAGCAGGAGCUGCGGCAGCUGGAGGAGCAGCUGAGGGAGGACUGGGAGAGGCGUCAGAGGGAGAAGCUGCACACGCUGCAGAGUUUGUAUCUGGAGAGCCUGCAGCUCAUCGGCCAGAGCCACAGGAGCGCCAAGGAAACUGAAGCUGAGCUGGCAGCUGUAGCUCAAAGAGAGGAGGAGCAUCAUGCUAAAGCAGAGGAGCGUUACCGAGAAGCUCUGAAGGAACUCAAGAUCCAAAAAACUAAAGAGCAGGAGAGACAGGAACGAUCCAUCAAAGCGAGGAAGAAGGCGCUGCAGACAGAGAAGGAACGAUCAGCUAAAGUGGUCAAACUCCCGCCGCCUCCACCUGACCCCAUCCAGGACAUCGAUCCCAGGAAGUCCCACGUGGUGAAGAGGUCGGAUCUGAACUCCUUCGCUACCACACGCUAUCACAUGCCAGACAGCGCCGUGGCGAAGGAGCCGGAGGCGCUGCAGUCUGACGCCAGGCUGGAAGCUGACCUGGAGUCCAGGAGGCUGCAGGAGCUCCAGAGGGAGGAGGACAGGAGGAGAGAGGAGCAGCUGGAGAAGGCCCGGGUCAGAGGGAGGCAGGCCCUGAGGAGGGAGCUGCUGGAGCAGGACCGGGAGCGCCUCCUGGUGGAGCUGCAGCACCUGCAGCAGACUGACCUGCUGCGGCGGAGGCAGCAGGUGUCCCGGAUGCCGCCACAGAUCUUCCAGCCUCUCUACCAGAGGCAGGAGGCCAGGGAGGAACUGCAGAGGGAGCUGGAGUUCGCCUUCGAGGAUAUGUACACCGGAGAGAGACGGGUAAAAGGUGACCUGCUGGUCCAGCUGGUACCGGAGCCUCUCCCAGCCUCAUCCAGCAGCAGCCAGGACCCGGAUCUGGACCCGGAUCGGGACCUGGAUGUCACUGUGGAUGAAAACACCGAACCCGAAGCAGAAAAUAUUCAGAUUGACUUUGGGGAUGAAGUUGAAGGCAGAGAGCAGGAAGCAGCAGAUGGCGCAACCCCUUCCAGACAGGCGCUCCGGAGACUCCUGGAUCGGAUCCGGAGCCAAAGGACGGACUGGAUCAGCAGCCGGGUUCCUGCAGCGGAUUCUCCGUCCGUCGACACAGAGCAGAUCCCAGAGCGAGACAUGAGCAUCGAAACCGGAUCUCUGAGCCCCGAGGCGCUCCGUGAACCCGCCGUCCCGGCACCGACUGUGGAACCAGCAGAACCGCCACCCGCAGCAGAACGUUCACUUCCUGACGAUUUUCUGAGCACAAUCCAGGAAGCCGAAGAAGAUCGGAAGAAGCGGGAAGCGGAGCUGGAGGUGGAGAAGCAGCAGCAGCUUGCUCUCCUCCAGGAACUGGAGGAGCAAAAAGCCCAGCUGGAGCAGAUGCUGCAGGAGGCUCAGAGGGAGAGGGAGCAGCUGAGAGCUGCUGCCCAGCAGGAGGCGCUGCCCCUCCAACCACAGGUUCCUGUCCAGGACCGCUCCCCGAUCAGCUUAACCUCUGAGGAAGAAGCGGUGUCUCCUGCAGAGGAAGGCGUGUCCACCAGGAGGCUCAGGCAGUACCAGCAGCGCCUGCUGGAGCAGAACAGGAUUCACCAGAGAUCCGUGGAAGUGGCCCGGCAGCGGCUGGAGGAAUACCAGCGAGCUCUCCGGAUCCGCCACAACCUGACCGCCGCCGCCGCCGCCGCCUUGCUGAGGCCUCCCGUUCAGCCCGCGUUCCUCGCUCCCCCGUCUGAAAGUCACCCAGCGACACCCUCAUUGCCUUCAGACGUGUCACUUCCUGCUCUCAGCAGCAGCGCCGGCUCCAGCGCACCGUCGGAUCCGUCCGUUACGAACCGGUUCAGCUCACUGAGACGAGACGCUGCUUCGCUCACCGACAGCCAGAGAAUUCUGGCGCGAGUAGCGAAUCGCCUGCCGGACAGACCGAGAGCCUCGCCGGUCGCUGCAGGGCCGUACGAACCCGACGCCGCACACGGGUCAGCCAGCACCUCGGCCACCUUUGACCCCAUGACCCUGACCUCCAGAGAGGCGGACCGCAGGAGACGGGAGCUGCGGGAGGCCCAGAGACGGGUGGUGGAGCAGCGGGCGGCGCUGGCGCUGCAGAAGGAGCAGCAAGAGGAGGAGAGGCGCAGAGCGGAGGAGGAGCUGCAGUACAUGAGGAGGCAGAAGGAGGCGCUGCAGGCUCUGAUCGAUAGACGAAGCGGUUCUGAUUCUCCCAGUGAAGCUUCGGAACCACAGGAAGCCGAGCAGAAACGGCUGCAGCUGCUGGCGACGCUGCUGAGAGCCAUCGAAGAGUCGAGUGGAGGAAGUCUGUCCCACUUAGAGGAGCCGGAGGACGGAGACGAGUCCCUUCAGCUGGAUGUUGGAGGACGAGGUCUCUGCCGAGCCCCUCUGGUUCCGAGCGUCGUUCCUCCAGAACCUUCUGGACCCCUCCAUCCUCCACGGAUGCAGAAGCCUCCAGUGACGCGGGUCAAACUGGGUUUCAAGUGGAUGAUUCCUCAACAACAUGAGCUCAGCGCCAUCCAAGAGGUGGAGACUCCGGUUAACAUGAGUCGGGUUACAGACUGUAGACCCGAUUCUGCUGAACGGCGGUUCGCCUUUUCUGGCCCAGAAGACGACCAUCCUUCACACCUGCAGGAAGGUUCAGGAUUUUUCUCCAGAUCUGACCGGACUCUGGAGUCUGGUUCUGUCUCCAGCUGUCGACCCAACUCUGCUGGGAGGCGGGUCGUCUUUUCAGGCCCGGGAGACGACGUUCCUUCAGUACCGGCAGACUUCGACCUGCGGGGUCGUUCUGCCAAGAGGCGGGUCGUGUUUUCAGACUCUGAAGACGACCUGGGUUCCCGCUCAGCAGACGGGAAUCUGCAGGAUGGGUCAGUACAUCACAGCAGACGGUCUGGACCGUCUGCUGGGAGACGGGUCGUCUUCUCAGGUCCAGAAGACGACGUUCCUUCAUGCCUAUCAGACGUUAACCUGCAGGAUGGUUCUGUUGAGAGCCGGGUCGGGUCGGAGGCCUCCUGCCAUUUUCCCUGGAGGGAGCGACGGCUGUCUGGAGCAGCAACCACUCCAGAGUUGUGUGAUUCCGAUUCGACCAUGAAAGCGACGUCAACGCCUGGUUCUGAUUCUGGAAGAGGAGCCGACUCGCCCGGUACUGCAGCUCUGACCUCCAGAUCCCCCUCAGAGGCUCUCUGCAGGUCCGCCGGCUCCAACUGCUUCUCCUCCACCACCAUCUCCAGCGGCAGCUACGUCUCCACCGACCCGGAGCAGAAUGAGGCAGACGACCGUCGGCUCUCCAACCCGACUGGACCGGGUUCUGGUGCCGUUUCCUGCGCGGGUUUUCGGGACUCGUCCGUCUCCGCCGGUCCGCCUGUAGACUUGGUGUUUAACGACAGCGUCAUCCAGCGCAUCAUCGAUAAAUACACCAGAGAGCUCGACGUCUCGCUCAGCGCCGCUGGAACCACUACAGACAGCGACGCUCUGGAAGAGUCCGGCUCUUCGCUCUCCCAGCCGUCCAGGACGGAGGAUGAGACCUCGGCUCGUCGUCGGGACGUCCGGCGCCACCCAGCGGCCCGUCAGAACCCAAACCCGGAGCAGACGCCCCCGGGUCAUCCCGCCCUGGAGCAGAACCCGUCCUGCUUGGCUCCAGAGAGGCUCUCGGUUCUGGAGCGGUUGGUCGGCCAGCCGUCGGCUCAUUCCUCCAUGAUCGGUGCCAGGCCCGGUCCACCGGAUCGGAGCGGCUGGGACUCCACUCUGAGCCGGAUGAUCGGCCGCCUUUCCCAACAGUCCGACUCUCCGGGUCCGGGUUUCUGCUCUAGUCAUGACACGUCGGAACCGUCCUGGUCGGAUGAGAUCCGGAUGAGGGUUCUGGUCGGAGAGCUGCAGGUCUCUGCCGAUCAGCACCGUGAAAACUCUGGCGAACGAAGUUCUGCAGCCGAGUCCAGAGAACCAUCAGGACUGCAGCGUCACCUGGCUGGGAGUCCGUCCGCCUCGAACCCGGGGCUGCAGAACCGAGCCGGUCUGGAGGAACUGGACCCGCACGGCACCGACGCUUCGUUCCACCUGCUGCAACCAGAAAUCACCCAGAACGAAACCGCUGACCCCUCUGUGACCUUUCAACCUCCUGACCUCAGCACCUCAGACUGUCCAUCGCUGGAGCAGCUGAGAGCGGAAGAGACGGACGGCUGCAGAGACGUUCAGGAGUCUUUCUCCCAGCUCGUCAUCUCCGAAUGCCUCCAGCAGGACUCUGUCCUGACGCCGCCCCACCUGUCCCCCGCCCCGGGCACGCCGCCCCACUUGUCCCCGGGCACGCCGCCACGCCUGUCCCCGGGCACGCCGCCCCGCCUGUCCCCCGCCCCGGGCACGCCGCCCUGCGGGUUCCGGGAAUCGUCCACUUUGGGCUCGUUGGAGACAACAUCCUCCAGAGUUUCCGUCCCAGUCGGUGAACGUCGGGAGGAUUUCUCCACCUCAGAAAUCUCACCGGAGUCGGACGGGGAGAGGGGCAUCCUGGAACAGUCUCAGAUCACGCUGGUGAGUCUGACGGACACGACGCUCCAGGACGCGGUCGCCACGGACGACGAGGAACUACAGGACAGCGACGGUCCAGACAGCAUCACUGAUGGACAGGAAACCAUGGAAACGGAGCCAACAGAGGGGGCAGAAUCCAGGUUGGCUCACCAGACGCCAUCAGCGUUCCUCCUGGAGUUCCUCUGGAGUCCCGGCAGGAACCAGCAGGACGUCUUCCAGCGGCGGCGCCGGGCUCUCAUGCAGCGGUCCGACCGCCGCGUUCAGGAGAUCAAAGCCAAGCGGGCCGCUGCCAGGAACGGAGCCCCGAGUCGGGUUCUGGUCGAAGGAGUGGACCCGGGUAGAGCCGCGGUCCAGACCGUCCCCAGGAAGGAGACGGCAGAGUCCCAGAGUACGACUGAGGACAGGAAGAGAGUGGAGAGGAAGCUCCGCCCACCUCCACCAGCUCGCCGCUCCAGUCCUCAGAUCGGACCCGACGUUCGGAUCAGCGAUCCGGAUCAGAGGAAGCGGAACCUGUCAGAGAUGCACCAGCGGACCCAGAGGCUGUACGAGCAGCUGGAGGAGGUGAAGCAGCAGCGCGCGGCCCGCAGCCGGCAGGAGGACUGGGCCAGGAACCGGCAGAGGGCCAAGGAGUUCCACAGGAAAACGCUGCAGAAGCUCCGAGCCAAGCAGACGCCAACGUUUUAAUUUAUCACCUUUAUUUAAUAAAAACUCAGAUUGUUUUAAA